UGGCAAUCAAACCAAGCCAAGUUUCGCCUCGUUCAUCUAAGUCGUUAGCUACCCAGGACACACCAGUCCGUAUUUUAACGUCGUCAAAUGUCGACAUCUAUUUUCCUGCUACUUUUUCACUAUUUCACGAGGGUACAGUUUCUUCUUCUGUUCAACCGUCAGCAUUCCCAUCGUCAUCUGUUCAGAUGGAAGGUAAGGCGAGACUGUCUUUUUUUAAAGUUGCAAAUAGAAAUGCAGCUUUAAAGUUGGCACUAUUUGUACAAAUAAAGAAACAAGCCAAAAAACAAACAAACAAAACAAAACAAAAGAUGGAGGUUGGAAGGAAUAAAAAUGUUGUCUUAGUUUUUUGUCCGAUUGCACACGUUUAAGAAAGAAGAAUGCUAUAAUUGUGUACCAGACGCAAAGCAUAAAAAUGUCUUACGACGUGUGACCAAUUUUUAAUUUAAGCACUGAUUUAAAACACUUUUUUCGUUUUUCUCCCUUUUCUAGUGGUAGUAACACCAAGACAAGUUUCACCAUAUUCAUUUACGCCGUUGACAGCUGCCCAGUCCCCACAAGUGCCUACGUUACUCCCGCCAGCACUUCACAAUUAUGAGGUUACGGUCUCUUCUUCUGCUCAUCAGUCUACAUUCCCGUCGUCGUCUGUUCAGAUAAAAGGUCAGGCGCGAAAUAUAUCUCACGUUAAUGUUGCAAGAGUCUCCUCAGUCGAAUUAGUUUUGUAAAUUCUUCAAAUUUAGAGUAACUCGUUACUGUUAAAAUUUGGUUUUCUUAAACAGCUUUGGGUUUUGUAUUGUCACCUUGCUCUUGCUCAAAAUAUGCGAUUCCCUGAAUUUCACCCUGCUAAGAGAGCUUAGUACUUUUACUAUUUUGGCUUUCUUGAGAAAGACUCUGCAUGGAUGAUCGAGUAAAACCUUUGGUGAUCAAUUGCUGCUUGUUAAAUGUGAUAAUGUUUUGAACCCGGGCCUAAAGGCCGUGCGCGUGGUACAGCGGGUUCAAUUGUGAACAUCUAUUUAUCAACAAACGGGUGCUCGCACUCGAAAAAACCAGUUUGACGAUAUGAAAAAGAAGAUUUCCCAGUACAGAAAUUGGGCUUCGGCGACUUCAAUAGAUUGAUACGAUUAAAACAAAGCCUUCUUUUCUCCUUCUCACUCAAGAAAUCAAAGGCUCUGUUCGUAUAGUGCUUGGAUUUGGGUUCCCCCUUGGUAGGAGAUAGACUGCUUACCUGUCAUAAAAUAUAUGUUUAAAAUUAUACCUACCUUCUUCCAUUUGCAGUGGCAAUCAAACCAAGCAAAGUUUCGCCGUGUUCAUCUAAGUCGUUAGCUACCCAGGACACACCAGUCCGUAUUUUAACGUCGUCAAAUGACAUCUAUUUUCCUGAUACUUCUUCACUAUUUCACGAGGGUACGGUUUCUUCUUCUUUUCAACCGUCAGCAUUCCCGUCGUCAUCUGUUCAGAUGGAAGGUAAGGCGAGAAAAUGUCUUUUUUCAACGUUGCAAACUUCUCUUCAGUCAAUAUUUCAGUGUAAUUUCUUCAAGUGCAGAUUUACCACGUUUCAGUUCAAAUUCGGUUUUAUGUGGCAGAUCGGUGGAACCUCGUUCUUCGGAUCCAAAAAGCCUCACUGCACUCACAGAAUACCCCAAAUCUUUCAUUGGUAUACCUGUGGUGCGGACGGACAUUCGGUCGGUGUACGGUCAUGUGAUUACCAUAUAAUCUUUCGCCCAAUUACCCUGGUCCCCUUGAUUUGAGCUGCCCCAGAUAAAAAUUAGUGCUUCUAAAAAUGUGUAGAAAUAUAGCUUUAAAGUUGGCACUAUCUGUACAAAUAAACAAACAAGCCAAAAAAAACAAACAAACAAAACAAAACGAAAAAUCGAGGUUGGAAGGAAUAAGAAUGUUGUCUUAGUUUUUUGUCCGAUUGCACACGUUUAAGAAAGAAGAAUGCUAUAAUUGUGCACCAGACGCAAAGCAUAAAAAUGUCUUACGACGUGUGACCAAUUUUUAAUUUAAGCACUGAUUUAAAACACUUUUUUCGUUUUUCUCCCUUUUCUAGUGGUAGUAACACCAAGACAAGUUUCACCAUAUUCAUUUACGCCGUUGACAGCUGCCCAGUCCCCACAAGUGCCUACGUUACUCCCGCCAGCACUUCACAAUUAUGAGGUUACGGUCUCUUCUUCUGCUCAUCAGUCUACAUUCCCGUCGUCGUCUGUUCAGAUGAAAGGUCAGGCGCGAAAUAUAUCUCACGUUAAUGUUGCAAGAGUCUCCUCAGUUGAAUUAGUUUUGUAAAUUCUUCAAAUUUAGAGUAACUCGUUACUGUUAAAUCCGGUUUUCUUAAGCAGAUUUAGGUUUUGUAUUGUCACCUCUUGCUCAAAAUACGUGAUUCCCUGAAUUUCACCCUGCUAAGAGAGCUUAGUACUUUUACUAUUUUGGCUUUCUUGAGAAAGACUCUGCAUGGAUGAUCGAGUAAAACCUUUGGUGAUCAAUUGCUGCUUGUUAAAUAUGAUGAUGUUUGGAACCCGGGCCUAAAAGCCGUGCGCGUGGUACAGCGGGCUCGGUUAUAACCAUCGGUUUGUCAAUAAACGGAUUGUCGCCCUCGUGAAACUAGCUAGUUUGACUGGUCCAGAAAUUUGGGCUUCGGCGACUUCAAAGGCUUCAAAGGAUCAUCAUGUCAAGAAGGCAAAACGAGACUGAGUCUCCCACUGUUCGCAGGGUGCCUGGAUUUCAGAUCCCGCGAAGGAAAUAGACUCUCAUGUCAUAAAAUAUAGCUUUAAAACUGUCAAAGGUGGCACUUUUUGGUAAGAAAAAAAAAAAUACGCACACAAACAAAGGAACAAAAAAGUUGUUCCGAUUGUUGUCAGAUCACACAUGUUAAAGAAAGGAGGAUGCUAUACUCAAGGUAUAAAGUGCUUUUAAAGAUUUAAAAUUAUUGGAAUUGGUAUACAGUUUUAUGGAAAAUAAUAAUAAUAGUAAUAAUAAUAAUAAUAAUAAUUAUAUAUAUAUUUUUUUAAUAAAAUAACUUUAUUCAUAGAUUCAAAAAAAUAGACUAUUUACAGAUUCAAGAAUAUGAAUAUUAAAAUAUAUACCCUAUGUACAUUCUUCUUGUGUACGAAAGAGAAUUGUCGUAAAAUGACUAUCUAAAAACUACUAAUAACAAUUGAUUAUAAAAAGCAUCAAAAAGUUUAAUAAUAAUGAUAAUAAUAAUAAUAAUAAUAAUAAUAAUAAUAAUGAUGAUGAUAAUAAUUAGUUAAAUAAUCACAAUCAUAAUCAUAAUAAAUAAAAUAAUAAAAUAAGUGUAGAAUACAAAACUCAUCGUCGUAGACAAAUAUACUUUUUUAAUCAGUACAUUGUUUACUCCGGCAGCCCACAAGUGCUCACCACAACUGGCACACGGGGUCUCAUGGGAAACUACAGACAGAGGAAGCACCGAUAAAAAACCUUGUCCGAAUGGAGCUGAAGGUAAGUUGAUUAUUUCAUGUAAUAGGUCUAGACGCUGUCUAAUUUGGAAAUAAUUGGAUGAAAAUACAGCUAUUUCAAAAAAGGGUAAGGGAGGUUGUACGACCGAAAGGAACUGUGGUUACGCUGUUUGAUAUGCAAAAUUUGAUAAGUUGCGUUUACCUUACGUAAAAAUGAAUACACCAACUUUGAACGUAAUUGUCUGAGGGUUCUUGACUCCGAAGACAAAACAAGCUCAAAAUAAGCUUCCUCGUUUCCUCGUAUGAACGGCCUAUUGUCUCCGACUUAACAACGCCAGUCACGAGAAAUUUAGAAAUAUAGCGCUCAGGGCUUUUCUUUUAGAGACGCCCAAGAAAAAGAAGCCUCUGCAACUGAAUGCUGAAGAACAUGGACAAACCAGAUAACCCCGCCUUCGAGGGUCUUCACUAAAUGGAGCCGGCAUCGUUGACUAGCUUAGAUAGUUGAUUAUUUGCCAUCAAUAUUCAGUGGUAUCAUCUCCGUUCGACAAUUGCCAUUUGCCGUUCUCUCCGACAACCUUUUUUGAAAUAGGUGUAUUUCCUAAAGCAGCUUUAAGUAAAACAAUUCCUUGUACGGCUUUUUCGCCUUACCACACGGUAGAAAUGAUAAAAAGAAACCAGUAGCAAUAAAUUUAAACAAUAAAUUUCAUGCGAGAUGAAUUUUAGAUGACUUAACUGUAAACCUCAGUAAUACAAACCGUACAAUUGCAGGCUAUGAGUAUUCAAAUUUAUUUUAAGGAUAUUAACCUCCCUCCCACCCCCCAAGUUUAUCUAAGGUCUGGACCCGCCCCUGCAUUGUUUAUGAUAUCCGAGGAUGGUAGCGAAAGGAAAAAGAAACUUGAUUGAAAAGACCUUUACAUGUGUCUUGAUACUGCAGAGCGAAAUGACGCAAAUCCUAUACACCAUUUCAUUUCAACACGCGUGUUCUCACGCCUCAGUGUUGGUGUCAAGUGACGCCCUCGUACUAGAGAGCAAUCCUUGAAACUCUUGUCAACUUUCCUCCCUUAGGUACUGCGAAGCGAAAAUGCUCUUACGAUGGAACAUGGGAAAAUGCCAACUUUUUAAAUUGUAGGUCUGCUGAAUAUAGUAAACUCAUUAGCAAGGUAUGUAAAUCAAGCCUAAUUUCAGAGUGCAUUUACAACAUACUUUGGGUGAGAUAUUUGAAAAACGUCCAGCUCGGAGACAUUCGUGUUAUUUCCUUUUUUCUGUUUUUGUGAUCUGUACAAAAACAGUUGUUGAUGCUGAGUGGACAACGUUUUUUUUUUUUUUUGAAAUGUUAACUAUAAAAUAUGACAGGAAGGCAUUGGUAAACAUAGAAAAGCUUCAAACGCUUACAAUGCAACUUUGGCUUCAGUUAUUUGUUUGCAGAAGUUGUACUUCAACUUACUGGCCUGGUAUGCCGUUUCUUCGCUUAUCAUAUUGGCGAUCACAUCAAAUUCCUAUCCCUCGUGACUUAAAAAAGGUUCCGCUUUGCUUCUUAUUUUUGCACGUUCUCGACUUCGGGCUUACAAUUUCCUUCCGAAAAAGCUGAGUUCCACUUUUCUAUUGAAAACUUGCGUUACAUUACGUUAAAUGACAAUUACAUCUUAGUACAUUACACCACAAAACUUACCGCGAAAGUAACUAGUACGCACACUCAGUUGUUAAAACUAGCAUGACGUUAUAUACAGUCGACUCUCUCUUAACGGACACUUCUAUAAGACGGACACCUCUAUAAAACGGACACUUAGAGUUGGCCCCUGCCUUUCUUUACUCCCUUUAUUUGACUUUCUAUAAGACGGACACUUAGUGCCUGUCCCAAAGGUGUCCGUCUUAGAGAGAGCUGACUGUAAUUGUUGCCGUGAGCUAGAGAGAGAACUAAUAUUCAAAAGAACACUGAUUCCGUUUGAUCUAGAUUACACACAUUACUGUGGAAAAGAGUAACCCACCUCUUAUAAAUUGUGUCCAUUUUGAUUGUUUUAAUACAUGUAAACUUUUCUGUUUCAUACGUACUCUUUUUUUUUUUUGCUUUUAGAUGAACGCUAUUGCCAGUGGAUCUUCAAACCUUACUGUCCCCCAAGUUCUAGCUCAACUGAAAAAUGCAACUAAACCGAUCAUAAAUUCCCCAGAAAGGCCAUCACAGAUUUACGGAAGGGAUUUAAUUGCAGCAGUGGAAAUCCUAGCUCAAAUAACAGAGUAUAGCAAACACCGCAACGUGAGUUCUAAGGAAGAUUUCCAGAAUAUUGCACACGUGGCCAGUAAUUUGUUGGAACCAGUAAAUAGCCGCACUUGGAUGGCCCUGGACAAGGUAAUUUGGCUGUUAUGAUUUAUCAGAGACACAUCAGUAAACUUUAAUCAAAAUCGCUGUUGUCGGCGGACGCGAAGUCCAUCAGUGACAACUUGGGGCAUUUAAAGAAAUACAUCGUGCUAGCUGGGGACUUCCUAUAACUUGCUGGAUUUUGGCGUAGUCGAGAAAGUCUCUGUGUGAACCGAGUAUGAUGUUUGUUGAGCAUGCGCUGCUUGUUGCUGGGAUACGGUUUUGAACCUAGGACUACACAGUAAUUGGCGAGGGAUUGGUGUAGUGGGCUCUUUUACGAAGAUCGAUUGAAUUAGAAACGGAUGAUAUGCUCGCAGUCAGAAAACCACUUUAACGACGUAGAAGAUCAAGAUUUAGUUGUCUAGAAGUUCGGGUUUCGGCGACCUCAAAGACGUGCCUAGAUUCAGGCAGAGCCUCCUUUUCUCCUUCUCACCCAAGAUGCCACAAAGAAUCCCUGCUUGCUUCAUGACUAAGAAAUAUUACUAGCUAAUAGACAUACCCAGUGGUCAAACAUGCUAGUCUGCAAUUAACUUGAGAUCAAUUACCCCUACAAAGUACAAUGAUACAAGCUUUUGGUUUUGUUUGUUUGCUUUUUUCGUUUUUUGUAAACCCAGUGAAACUCGUUGGCACAAUCAAGAUUAGGCCAUUUUACCCAUGCGCAAAAAAAAAAAAGAGUUUCAAGAAUAGCAAAAUGCUUUAAGACGAUCAUAUAACUUUAAAAUCCUAGUGUAGUGUUUAGUUAAAUCCAUGAUGGUGGCCAUAUUGAAUGACGUCAUAGGUAGCUAAUAGCACCUAAACAAUCAAAGUUUUCUUCAUACCUACCACCAAGGAAAACAAAAUUAUAUCUACUCUAAUAUUUUGAGUGACCCGUACGUGAGAUCUCCGUUAAUGUUAGAACAAGAUUAAAGUCAGUAUUCUUCUAACGUCUAAGUCUUUUUUUUUUCUUUCUGCCAUUAGGCCCAUAAAAACAAGAGUCUAAUCCUACUCUCAACAUUGGAUAGUUAUGGAAUGGAAGUCCCUCUCUCAUGUGAGAUGUCUGGAAAACCCAACUCGGUGGAAGCCAAAAACCUUCUGAUGAUGAUUGAAGAUCGGAAUUGUUCGGUUUCGGUAUGGAGAUCAAGAUUUUGUUCUGACAAAUUUUUUUAUGUUGAGGCAACCAACGAAAAGUCAGUUGAAUGUACAAAUCAGUGUUUUUAUUGUUGGGAAUUUGUAGAUAUUUUAAUAAAAAUAUAGAUAUAAAGAUGAGAACCAGAAUGGAAAUAAUAAUAAUGAUAUUAGGAGGCACCUUUGCCGAGUGGUCAGCGCUUUGGACUCGCAAUCCGGUGGUCUCGAGUUCGAGUCCCCUUCUGGCGACUUGCUGGAUUUCUUCUCGGUCGUCCCGAGUUUAAAACCUCGACCACUUUUGCAAAUUAAAAGCCAACGGGUUGAAUCUGCUGCCAGUUGGGUUUUUUAAUACUGUUAUGUUGUAUUUGAAUUACUUGUUUCUAAAUAGUUGAGCGGAGUGCCUAUAAACUAGCUGGAUAAGCUAAAAAAAAAACGAGCCUUGUUUUUAAUAUUAAUGAUUUUACUCUUUUCAUGCAGAGAUCAAGAGGCAACGACAGUUAUAUUUCAUACAGUAACACUACAAUCUAUUUACCUUCAACCGUCUUUUCAUCUCCAAACUCCCGGGCUGUAACUGUCAUAUAUCUUACGUUAAACGACAUUCUAGCACUCCCAAAGGAAAAUGCAGACGAGGAUGACAAGCGCAUUUUAGCCGAUACUACGAUCGUCUCUACAGUAGUUCGUCCCAAGCCUCCAGCUGUCUUACGUGACCCCGUCAAGAUUGUGCUAAAGAACCGAAAGGUACACGAAAUUAGAUUUUAUUUUUUCAUAAGUGGAGUAUACCUAUAAUCGUUCACCUUUUAUCUUUCAACUCGAACACAAAGAGGUUGUUGAUUGGUGUAACUAUUUUAAACAAAGACAGUGCACCUUUCGCCUUUCAUACCAGGGUUUUAGUGUGUUUAAUCAAAUGGUGACUGGUGAAAUUAGGGAGUAAUUUCAUUUGCGUUUUGUCCAAAUUCUAAUAAUUUUAUAAUUUGGGCAAAAGGCAAGUGAAAACAUUCCCUAAUUUCAGGGGUGAACCAUUGUAUUUAUUACCUAUUAAUAUCAUGGAUGACAACGCUCACAAUCGUAGGUUUUUGGCUAGUUUAUAAAAUUGGAUAUCGAUCCAGAACUCCACAGCGCUUUAAAAGUUUGGCUUAAGUUCAGAAUUUUCAGAAUUUUCGAAAAGAAAAAAACCCUAAUAGAAUUCUUCUUGAUGUACCCUUUCGUGUGUUUAUAUAGGUGUUUCUUAAAUGUCGUUUAAUGCCCAGAAAUCUUCAUUAACAAGAUUUUAAAACUUUGCCGUCUGCUAGCCGCCAUCUUGGCACUGACACGUAAUCGGAACGUUGCCAUGGCAAUUUUGUAAUUUCACAUGUGAAAUUAUAUAUUAACCCAGCGUGGGAGACAGGGAGAUUUGGAGAAUUGUGCGUACCUCUGAAAAACAUUCUGGCGACGCCAGUGGAUAUUUAUACUGUUUGCGUAAAUUCUUUAAUUUAUUUGUUGUUGUUGUUGUUUCUAGUUGUUGUUGUAAGCUUUUAGCAAACCUUUUUGUAAAAAGCCAUGGAAUUGAAAAGUCGACAAAUUUUCUGCUUUUAUUUAAUCGCUGAAAGGUGAACACUACUUCACAAAAACGGUGCGUAUUUUGGCGGCCCGACGAAGCAGCCAUCUGGGGAACAAGCGGUUGUACACUUGUGCCCAGUGAAUCGAACGCGUCCUUCACAACAUGUAAAUGCAGUCAUCUUACAAUCUUUGCGGCGCUUGUGGAUCCAUACGGAAGACCGGUACGUUAAUAACAAAAGAAAGAUAUAUAUUCUAAUCAAGAUAUUCAAGGAUUAAACCAUAUUCGAGACCUUGACAAAUGAAUUUGGUGUGUUUUUAAGCUGACCCUACAAUGAAUGAUGCAAUGACAUCAUAUGACUGGCAUCCAUUUUGAAGUCGCCAUAUAGACCUCUUUCAUAAUGGCGGAUCAUUAAUAAGUAUAUUCUUUUUUGAGUAUGACGAGUAAGCCUUUUUUGACCUCAUUCGCAUUAGCAUUAGCAAAACACAAAACACAACCGGAAUUGUCACUUACUUUUUAACGUAUAAAAGAAUAAUUAAAUGGGCUGCUAAUAUGAAAGAGGUCUUUUAGAUAUCCUGGGUUGCAAGAAGCGUCAAUUACCAUAAUUAAAUUUUGUCAAUCCUUUAUGUGCGACCAUUUCUCGUAAGCUGGUAAGCGACCACUCAUCCUAAGUGACCACCCUAAUUCAGUUUAAGCAUUACAAUUGGAACGUCUCCUGAGCAUUAUCUCAGUUUUUCUAUGCGAGCGCCUCUUUUAAUAAAACGCCGUUAAAAAUUCAAUUUGAAUAUAAUUAACUGAACUCGCCAAGUCUUCAUUUUACUAUAAGGUAAUAUUAAACAACGGAAUCUGAAGGACUAUUCCAUGGGGCGUUUCUAAAACGCUGUAAAACACAUUCUGCACAUAUUCGCGUCUGCCUUCAAAUUUCGCCAUUGCAUUGUGUCCUGCAGUCUUUUCACUGAGAUCUAUAAGUACAACAAGUACCUGGGCGAAGCACUAAUUAAAAAUAGCAAAUGGGUUUUCCAUACCACAGAAACUGAGAUACGCUUCGGCCAAUUAAAUCUAUUAUUAGUUGGGAGAAGUAAAUUUCCUGCCAUUUUGAUGCAAAACGAAACUGCAAAUUACACAUUCAAGUACAGCAUAAACAGGGCUGUCAUACGGUAUGCGUCAUCUCGUUACUAAAGGAAAUUUUUCAAAAUGGACAACCUAAGCAGUAACAGUCUGUAUGGAGGAUUUAGUCACUAUCCUACCCGGCCUUUUCUUUUGGCUAAAAUCUUUCUAAGAACGGUAUUUGGCUUGUAAAAAAGUGCCUUCAGUAACAUAGAUGUAGCUAACAACCAGAUUUUAUCUUAAUACAUGCCACAGGAAAAAGGAAGCCACAAGGAAGCCCUGGAAAUCAUUUCCAUUGUUGGUUGUUCCAUUUCUUUGGUAGCUGUAAUUCUUACCAUCAUUUUGUUGACCUGCUUUUCCCGCCCACUUGAGGCAGGAGUUAAAGUGCUCAUUAACUUGUGUGCUGCAAUUGCAAUCACCUGCGUGCUGGUAAUAUUUGAAGGAUUGGCAAGAAGGAAGGUGGGCGGCGCAUUUAAAUCGUUUAAGAAAUAAGGUUGUUCGUAGUUAAUAACAUGCCAAAUAAUAGGUUUAGGUGGAAUAUGCUAGUAGGCAUCGUACACUGUGGUUUCAUUUAAGUUAGACAAUUCAGCAGUUAAAUUUCGGGAAAAAACAAACAAACAAACAAAACAAAACACAAAGGAUUGUAAGUAUCUGUGUAAUUAUAUUCAUCUAAUCCUAUUGGCGUUAUUUUACUCUACUUGAAUAUGGUUAAGAACCAUUUGAUAGCUACAAACUAACGCCAUAAUAAAUCAGUAAACAAGAACACGAAACAGUUCAAUUUUGUUCUUCCCAGCCAAAGUUUCUAUCCUUUGUUGUUUAUUAAUCGUCUUUAGAUUGAAGGGUAAGUGAUUGGAUUGAUUCUCCAGGAAAGGUGAAGCUUGCUAUAAUGAUUUUUUUGUUUUAUGACUCCUAGGCUGCUUGUCCGGUAGUGGCCGGGUUAUUGCAUUACUUCGCACUGGCUUUAUUCUCGUGGAUGCUUUGUGAGGGUAUAUUACAUUACCUUAAGGUCGUUAAACCGCUGAAAUAUGGCUUUGCCGUUGACGACUAUGUGAAGUACUUUUACAUGUGUGGAUGGGGUGAGUUUCUAAAAGCUGUUUAAUCUACGUCCCUGCAAGAACAACCCACACUAUCAUAUUUUGUGUUUCUCAUUUAAUGUCCUUAAUAACCUUAUGUUUUCAUUAUAAAUUUUAAUUGAUCAUGAAAGAAUGCAUUAAGAAGACAACUUCUUAACCCUCGGACGUACACGCUAAGUCAUACCCCCACCGAGGUACAAUAGUGGGGAGGGAGUUGAUGGAACCUCCCCCCUUGAGUUUUUGAUAUGUUGCAGUAUUUCGAAACGAUUUCGCUGCUGGAGGUCUGUGACGUCACCAAACAUGGUUACCAUAUUGGCCGCCAUCUUGGAUAUUUUCAAUUCUAAGAAAUUAGGUAAAAACAGUGAGAAUUAAUAUUUUUUGCGCUUAACAUGUAAAAUAAUACAAAAAUAGUUACUUUGCGUCAUUUUAUCCACAAGCUUUACUUUUAUUCCUAAAAGAGGUUGAAAAUAGAUGCAUUUUCACUCAAAAAUGGCUUGACCACCUCCUACUUAUGACGUCAUAUUGCGUAACCAUAGCUGCCGACCACCACUAAACUUUUUUCAAAAUGCGAGCGAGGAAUAAACGAACAGCUACAGAAUGCUUCAAGUGUUGAUGUUUUUAUCGUCUAGGAAAAAUUCAGAAAAACCUUAGGGGUGUACGUCUCAGGGUUAAAAAAAGCAUUUUGAACAAAAUGCGAUUUUUUUUUUUAGAUUAUUUUGACAGGCUAGUUAAAAAAAAAUUGUAAGUUACAAGGCACUCAAUUUAAACCAGACUUUUAACUUCACACCAACCUUUGCAGCUGGCUAUCAGGACUACUCCUUAGGAGAUCCAACCUGACCUUGUGACUUUGUUAGCUGUGUUUGUCUUGAGAUGGAACUUGUAGAAGUGUUUGUAAAAGAGGGUCCAGGAAAGACCGAUGUAGAUAAAUUUAUAUAAUUAUCCAAGAGAUCGGAGGGAUUAAAGAAGCAAGCAAGAAGUAACGUGUGAUCACUUCGGUGACCAUACAUGACCACUAUACUAGGUGAGGUGAAAUAAUCCCUCUUAUAAUUUUGCUUCAGGCUUCCCAGCCAUCAUAGUUUCCAUUUCCUUGGCUGUCACUCAAGCAAAUGGUUACGGCAGCAAGGCAACUUGCUGGCUUGAUGUUAAGAGUGGAUUGAUUUGGACGUUUAUUGGGCCGACUUUGGUCGUUAUUUUGGUUAGUAUAAAAGAUAUUGUCUAUGGAGUACUACAAUAACAAUGUUAUUAAUCACUAAUCAAGUGACUUUAUACUAGUAAUUAAUGAUUCAGAAUUUCAUAUAUUGUUGCAUUUCCAAUUGUACCACCUAUAUGAUGCUUUUAUUAAAUACAUUUUCUUUUUACGAAAAAAAAAAGAUGUUUAAAGAGACCAAACUAAUCAAACUGCUUUCUAUUUUGUUUGACAGAUAAAUUGUGUAGUUUUAUACCUGGUUAUGCGUAAGAUAAUGAAACCGGUGAAGGGAAAAGUAGAGGAGAAAACGCAGGUCACAAAAUUAAAGGCUGGAGUAAGAGUCUCCAUGGCCAUUCUUCCUUUGGUCGGAAUCACCUGGGUGUUUGGAAUUCUUAGCUUUAGUUCUUAUACCAUCGCGUUCAAGUACAUAUUCGCCAUCUUCAAUUCUCUUCAGGGGCUGAUGAUCUUUAUUUUUCAUUGUGCCCUUAACGGCAAGGUAGGUACUAAUCUUGAAGUGCCAUGUUAUUAUGAUUAAUAAUAUACACGAAAAUGUUACUCAAUUCUGAUUGGCUGAGAAAGGAGUGCAGUUCUUCUGUAACACGAGUAAAAAACUUGUAACACGAGUGCAAAUUGCAAAUAUGGUUUCUGAUUGGCUGAAAACACAAAAAAAAAACACCAAGAACCAAUCAGAUUAGAGCUGUUUUCACGACAAACAAGCUACUUAUAACAGACUACGCUAAAGUAAAAAAAGUAAAGAAUAACGGUUGCAACAACAAGCAAACCAUGACAGCUACACUUUUCAGCAAUUUAAAUGAACAAGGAUACAAGUUUUCCAUGAUAUACAACAGGGAUUUCAAGUCACGUACGUUAUUUGUUGGUGUUCAACAAGGUGUCCGGUUGCUCUCUUUAAGUCUUUUGUGGAGCGAAGACCUCUAUUAAAACAUCCAUGCGAUGCUCUGUUUUUUUUCUACCUCAGUAGCAAGCGAAAUCAAAAAUUUAAACAUCUGGUCCAAACUAAACCAAAGGGCGAAAAUACCAUAAGUAACGUAAUGAAAGUAUCCGUAGCUGGUACUAGCCUUAAAGAAAGUGAGAAAAAAGUUUACGAAUCAUGGAGCAAGAAAAACAACAGUCAGAAAGCAGAAAAAAGCAAAGAUUGUAAGUUCAGAACAUAUCGCCAAUGCCACAGGCCACAGAGGUAUAAAUUUCCUUAACGACCACGAUGAAGCCGACGAAGAAGAGCGACGAUGACUCUUGCAGUAGGCUAAGUGAGAUAAUGAAGACCCUAGCACUGAGAAAAAGCAAAUAUUAUAUUUAAAUACUAGCAGUUUCCGACAUCACAACAAUUGUGGCUCCACUCACCCAUCGAUGGCAGCGUGGGAAGAAAACAAAUUGCCUCCUUCAUUUUCGGGUUAUAAAUCUCAAAAAUUUAUCCAUGAAUCCAGCUAUGAUGGGGUCUCAGGAAAAGACAAUGAUGAACAGUCGUCAAUAAAACCUUAGCAAGUGUCUUCCACCUUUGGCUGCACGAAGCGUUCUCUUAAUUUCAGAACUUGUAAACGCUUCUUGUAAACGCUUCUUGGAAACGCCGAGCCCUCAUAAUGGCGGAUGAAUUGAAAAACACCUACUUUUGCUGAUUAUUGUAAACCGAGAUAUCUUUAACAGGCUGGUGACCAUAUAAAAUCAAUCCUUGCGUUGGUCUUGAAAAAGUUUGAAUUUGAUAAAGGUAGCAGUCUGUUUCAGCCAAUCAGUUGAAUGAACUAAAAACGCGCGCGCUGUCAAAAUUUGUUGCUGUAGUUAUGUUUUUCGUGUAUAUUAUUAUCACGAUUUUUCUCGUGCAAUUUGGAAUAAAAAAGCACUUUUAGAAAAGCUUCAAACGCUUACAAUGCAACUUUGGCUUCAGUUAUUUGUUUGCAGAAGUUGUACUUCAACUUACUGGCCUGGUAUGCCGUUUCUUCGCUUAUCAUAUUGGCGAUCACAUCAAAUUCCUAUCCCUCGUGACUUAAAAAAGGUUCCGCUUUGCUUCUUAUUUUUGCACGUUCUCGACUUCGGGCUUACAAUUUCCUUCCGAAAAAGCUGAGUUCCACUUUUCUAUUGAAAACUUGCGUUACAUUACGUUAAAUGACAAUUACAUCUUAGUACAUUACACCACAAAACUUACCGCGAAAGUAACUAGUACGCACACUCAGUUGUUAAAACUAGCAUGACGUUAUAUACAGUCGACUCUCUCUUAACGGACACUUCUAUAAGACGGACACCUCUAUAAAACGGACACUUAGAGUUGGCCCCUGCCUUUCUUUACUCCCUUUAUUUGACUUUCUAUAAGACGGACACUUAGUGCCUGUCCCAAAGGUGUCCGUCUUAGAGAGAGCUGACUGUAAUUGUUGCCGUGAGCUAGAGAGAGAAGUAAUAUUCAAAAGAACACUGAUUCCGUUUGAUCUAGAUUACACACAUUACUGUGGAAAAGAGUAACCCACCUCUUAUAAAUUGUGUCCAUUUUGAUUGUUUUAAUACAUGUAAACUUUUCUGUUUCAUACGUACUCUUUUUUUUUUUUGCUUUUAGAUGAACGCUAUUGCCAGUGGAUCUUCAAACCUUACUGUCCCCCAAGUUCUAGCUCAACUGAAAAAUGCAACUAAACCGAUCAUAAAUUCCCCAGAAAGGCCAUCACAGAUUUACGGAAGGGAUUUAAUUGCAGCAGUGGAAAUCCUAGCUCAAAUAACAGAGUAUAGCAAACACCGCAACGUGAGUUCUAAGGAAGAUUUCCAGAAUAUUGCACACGUGGCCAGUAAUUUGUUGGAACCAGUAAAUAGCCGCACUUGGAUGGCCCUGGACAAGGUAAUUUGGCUGUUAUGAUUUAUCAGAGACACAUCAGUAAACUUUAAUCAAAAUCGCUGUUGUCGGCGGACGCGAAGUCCAUCAGUGACAACUUGGGGCAUUUAAAGAAAUACAUCGUGCUAGCUGGGGACUUCCUAUAACUUGCUGGAUUUUGGCGUAGUCGAGAAAGUCUCUGUGUGAACCGAGUAUGAUGUUUGUUGAGCAUGCGCUGCUUGUUGCUGGGAUACGGUUUUGAACCUAGGACUACACAGUAAUUGGCGAGGGAUUGGUGUAGUGGGCUCUUUUACGAAGAUCGAUUGAAUUAGAAACGGAUGAUAUGCUCGCAGUCAGAAAACCACUUUAACGACGUAGAAGAUCAAGAUUUAGUUGUCUAGAAGUUCGGGUUUCGGCGACCUCAAAGACGUGCCUAGAUUCAGGCAGAGCCUCCUUUUCUCCUUCUCACCCAAGAUGCCACAAAGAAUCCCUGCUUGCUUCAUGACUAAGAAAUAUUACUAGCUAAUAGACAUACCCAGUGGUCAAACAUGCUAGUCUGCAAUUAACUUGAGAUCAAUUACCCCUACAAAGUACAAUGAUACAAGCUUUUGGUUUUGUUUGUUUGCUUUUUUCGUUUUUUGUAAACCCAGUGAAACUCGUUGGCACAAUCAAGAGUACGCCAUUUUACCCACGCGCAAAAAAAAAAAAAGGGUUUCAAGAAUAGCAAAAUGCUUUAAGACGAUCAUAUAACUUUAAAAUCCUAGUGUAGUGUUUAGUUAAAUCCAUGAUGGUGGCCAUAUUAAAUGACGUCAUAGGUAGCUAAUAGCACCUAAACAAUCAAAGUUUUCUUCAUACCUACCACCAAGGAAAACAAAAUUAUGUCUACUCUAAUAUUUUGAGUGACCUGUACGUGAGAUCUCCGUUAAUGUUAGAACAAGAUUAAAGUCAGUAUUCUUCUAACGUCUAAGUCUUUUUUUUUUCUGCCAUUAGGCCCAUAAAAACAAGAGUCUAAUCCUACUCUCAACAUUGGAUAGUUAUGGAAUGGAAGUCCCUCUCUCAUGUGAGAUGUCUGGAAAACCCAACUCGGUGGAAGCCAAAAACCUUCUGAUGAUGAUUGAAGAUCGGAAUUGUUCGGUUUCGGUAUGGAGAUCAAGAUUUUGUUCUGACAAAUUUUUUUAUGUUGAGGCAACCAACGAAAAGUCAGUUGAAUGUACAAAUCAGUGUUUUUAUUGUUGGGAAUUUGUAGAUAUUUUAAUAAAAAUAUAGAUAUAAAGAUGAGAACCAGAAUGGAAAUAAUAAUAAUGAUAUUAGGAGGCACCUUUGCCGAGUGGUCAGCGCUUUGGACUCGCAAUCCGGUGGUCUCGAGUUCGAGUCCCCUUCUGGCGACUUGCUGGAUUUCUUCUCGGUCGUCCCGAGUUUAAAACCUCGACCACUUUUGCAAAUUAAAAGCCAACGGGUUGAAUCUGCUGCCAGUUGGGUUUUUUAAUACUGUUAUGUUGUAUUUGAAUUACUUGUUUCUAAAUAGUUGAGCGGAGUGCCUAUAAACUAGCUGGAUAAGCUAAAAAAAAAACGAGCCUUGUUUUUAAUAUUAAUGAUUUUACUCUUUUCAUGCAGAGAUCAAGAGGCAACGACAGUUAUAUUUCAUACAGUAACACUACAAUCUAUUUACCUUCAACCGUCUUUUCAUCUCCAAACUCCCGGGCUGUAACUGUCAUAUAUCUUACGUUAAACGACAUUCUAGCACUCCCAAAGGAAAAUGCAGACGAGGAUGACAAGCGCAUUUUAGCCGAUACUACGAUCGUCUCUACAGUAGUUCGUCCCAAGCCUCCAGCUGUCUUACGUGACCCCGUCAAGAUUGUGCUAAAGAACCGAAAGGUACACGAAAUUAGAUUUUAUUUUUUCGUAAGUGGAGUAUACCUAUAAUCGUUCACCUUUUAUCUUUCAACUCGAACACAAAGAGGUUGUUGAUUGGUGUAACUAUUUUAAACAAAGACAGUGCACCUUUGGUCUUUCAUACCAGGGUUUUAGUGUGUUUAAUCAAAUGGUGACCGGUGAAAUUAGGGAGUAAUUUCAUUUGCGCUUUGUCCAAAUUCUAAUAAUUUUAUAAUUUGGGCAAAACGCAAGUGAAAACAUUCCCUAAUUUCAGGGGUGAACCAUUGUAUUUAUUACCUAUUAAUAUCAUGGAUGACAACGCUCACAAUCGUAGGUUUUUGGCUAGUUUAUAAAAUUGGAUAUCGAUCGAGAACUCCACAGGGCUUUAAAAGUUUGGCUUAAGUUCAGAAUUUUCAGAAUUUUCGAAAAGAAAAAAACCCUAAUAGAAUUCUUCUUAAUGUACCCUUUCGUGUGUUUAUAUAGGUGUUUCUUAAAUGUCUUUUAAUGCCCAGAAAUCUUCAUUAACAAGAUUUUAAAACUUUGCCGCCUACUAGCCGCCAUCUUGGCACUGACACGUAAUCGGAACGUUGCCAUAGCAAUUUUGUAAUUUCACAUGUGAAAUUAUAUAUUAACCCUAAAAUUUCGCCCCAUGAUAUUAGUAAAAUAAGUAACCAGCGUGGGGGACAGGGAGAUUUGGAGAAUUGUGCGUACCUCUGAAAAACAUUCUGGAGACGCCAGUGGAUAUUUAUACUGUUUGCGUAAAUUCUUUAAUUUAUUUUUUGUUGUUGUUGUUUCUAGUUGUUGUUGUAAGCUUUUAGCAAACCUUUUGUAAAAAGCCAUGGAAUUGAAAAGUCUGACAAAUUUUCUGCUUUUAUUUAAUCGCUGAAAGGUGAACACUACUUCACGAAAACGGUGCGUAUUUUGGCGGCCCGACGAAGCAGCCAUCUGGGGAACAAGCGGUUGUACACUUGUGCCCAGUGAAUCGAACGCGUCCUUCACAACAUGUAAAUGCAAUCAUCUUACAAUCUUUGCGGCCCUUGUGGAUCCAUACGGAAGACCGGUACGUUAAUAACAAAAGAAAGAUAUAUAUUCUAAUCAAGAUAUUCAAGGAUUAAACCAUAUUCGAGACCUUGACCAAUGAAUUUGGUGUGUUUUUAAGCUGACCCUACAAUGAAUGGUGCAAUGACAUCAUAUGACUGGCAUCCAUUUUGAAGUCGCCAUAUAGACCUCUUUGAUAAUGGCGGAUCAUUAAUAAGUAUAUUCUUUUUUGAGUAUGACAAGUAAGCCUUUUUGACCUCAUUCGCAUUAGCAUUAGCAAAACACAAAAACCGGAAUUGUCACUUACUUUUUAACGUAUAAAAGAAUAAUUAAAUGGGCUGCCAAUAUGAAAGAGGUCUUUAAGAUAUCCUGGGUUGCAAGAAGCGUCAAUUACCAUAAUUAAAUUUUGUCAAUCCUUUAUGUACGACCAUUUCUCGUAAGCUGGUAAGCGACCACUCAUCCUAAGUGACCACCCUAAUUCAGUUUAAGCAUUACAAUUGGAACGUCUCCUGAGCAUUAUCUCAGUUUUUCUAUGCGAGCGCCUCUUUUAAUAAANGUGUUUUUAAGCUGACCCUACAAUGAAUGAUGCAAUGACAUCAUAUGACUGGCAUCCAUUUUGAAGUCGCCAUAUAGACCUCUUUCAUAAUGGCGGAUCAUUAAUAAGUAUAUUCUUUUUUGAGUAUGACGAGUAAGCCUUUUUUGACCUCAUUCGCAUUAGCAUUAGCAAAACACAAAACACAACCGGAAUUGUCACUUACUUUUUAACGUAUAAAAGAAUAAUUAAAUGGGCUGCUAAUAUGAAAGAGGUCUUUUAGAUAUCCUGGGUUGCAAGAAGCGUCAAUUACCAUAAUUAAAUUUUGUCAAUCCUUUAUGUGCGACCAUUUCUCGUAAGCUGGUAAGCGACCACUCAUCCUAAGUGACCACCCUAAUUCAGUUUAAGCAUUACAAUUGGAACGUCUCCUGAGCAUUAUCUCAGUUUUUCUAUGCGAGCGCCUCUUUUAAUAAAACGCCGUUAAAAAUUCAAUUUGAAUAUAAUUAACUGAACUCGCCAAGUCUUCAUUUUACUAUAAGGUAAUAUUAAACAACGGAAUCUGAAGGACUAUUCCAUGGGGCGUUUCUAAAACGCUGUAAAACACAUUCUGCACAUAUCCGCGUCUGCCUUCAAAUUUCGCCAUUGCAUUGUGUCCUGCAGUCUUUUCACUGAGAUCUAUAAGUACAACAAGUACCUGGGCGAAGCACUAAUUAAAAAUAGCAAAUGGGUUUUCCAUACCACAGAAACUGAGAUACGCUUCGGCCAAUUAAAUCUAUUAUUAGUUGGGAGAAGUAAAUUUCCAGCCAUUUUGAUGCAAAACGAAACUGCAAAUUACACAUUCAAGUACAGCAUAAACAGGGCUGUCAUACGGUAUGCGUCAUCUCGUUACUAAAGGAAAUUUUUCAAAAUGGACAACCUAAGCAGUAACAGUCUGUAUGGAGGAUUUAGUCACUAUCCUACCCGGCCUUUUCUUUUGGCUAAAAUCUUUCUAAGAACGGUAUUUGGCUUGUAAAAAAGUGCCUUCAGUAACAUAGAUGUAGCUAACAACCAGAUUUUAUCUUAAUACAUGCCACAGGAAAAAGAAAGCCACAAGGAAGCCCUGGAAAUCAUUUCCAUUGUUGGUUGUUCCAUUUCUUUGGUAGCUGUAAUUCUUACCAUCAUUUUGUUGACCUGCUUUUCCCGACCACUUGAGGCAGGAGUUAAAGUGCUCAUUAACUUGUGUGCUGCAAUUGCAAUCACCUGCGUGCUGGUAAUAUUUGAAGGAUUGGCAAGAAGGAAGGUGGGCGGCGCAUUUAAAUCGUUUAAGAAAUAAGGUUGUUCGUAGUUAAUAACAUGCCAAAUAAUAGGUUUAGGUGGAAUAUGCUAGUAGGCAUCGUACACUGUGGUUUCAUUUAAGUUAGACAAUUCAGCAGUUAAAUUUCGGGAAAAAACAAACAAACAAACAAAACAAAACACAAAGGAUUGUAAGUAUCUGUGUAAUUAUAUUCAUCUAAUCCUAUUGGCGUUAUUUUACUCUACUUGAAUAUGGUUAAGAACCAUUUGAUAGCUACAAACUAACGCCAUAAUAAAUCAGUAAACAAGAACACGAAACAGUUCAAUUUUGUUCUUCCCAGCCAAAGUUUCUAUCCUUUGUUGUUUAUUAAUCGUCUUUAGAUUGAAGGGUAAGUGAUUGGAUUGAUUCUCCAGGAAAGGUGAAGCUUGCUAUAAUGAUUUUUUUGUUUUAUGACUCCUAGGCUGCUUGUCCGGUAGUGGCCGGGUUAUUGCAUUACUUCGCACUGGCUUUAUUCUCGUGGAUGCUUUGUGAGGGUAUAUUACAUUACCUUAAGGUCGUUAAACCGCUGAAAUAUGGCUUUGCCGUUGACGACUAUGUGAAGUACUUUUACAUGUGUGGAUGGGGUGAGUUUCUAAAAGCUGUUUAAUCUACGUCCCUGCAAGAACAACCCACACUAUCAUAUUUUGUGUUUCUCAUUUAAUGUCCUUAAUAACCUUAUGUUUUCAUUAUAAAUUUUAAUUGAUCAUGAAAGAAUGCAUUAAGAAGACAACUUCUUAACCCUCGGACGUACACGCUAAGUCAUACCCCCACCGAGGUACAAUAGUGGGGAGGGAGUUGAUGGAACCUCCCCCCUUGAGUUUUUGAUAUGUUGCAGUAUUUCGAAACGAUUUCGCUGCUGGAGGUCUGUGACGUCACCAAACAUGGUUACCAUAUUGGCCGCCAUCUUGGAUAUUUUCAAUUCUAAGAAAUUAGGUAAAAACAGUGAGAAUUAAUAUUUUUUGCGCUUAACAUGUAAAAUAAUACAAAAAUAGUUACUUUGCAUCAUUUUAUCCACAAGCUUUACUUUUAUUCCUGAAAGAGGUUGAAAAUAGAUGCAUUUUCACUCAAAAAUGGCUUGACCACCUCCUACUUAUGACGUCAUAUUGCGUAACCAUAGUUGCCGACCACCACUAAACUUUUUUUCAAAAUGCGAGCGAGGAAUAAACGAACAGCUACAGAAUGCUUCAAGUGUUGAUGUUUUUAUCGUCUAGGAAAAAUUCAGAAAAACCUUAGGGGUGUACGUCUCAGGGUUAAAAAAAGCAUUUUGAACAAAAUGCGAUUUUUUUUUUUAGAUUAUUUUGACAGGCUAGUUAAAAAAAAAUUGUAAGUUACAAGGCACUCAAUUUAAACCAGACUUUUAACUUCACACCAACCUUUGCAGCUGGCUAUCAGGACUACUCCUUAGGAGAUCCAACCUGACCUUGUGACUUUGUUAGCUGUGUUUGUCUUGAGAUGGAACUUGUAGAAGUGUUUGUAAAAGAGGGUCCAGGAAAGACCGAUGUAGAUAAAUUUAUAUAAUUAUCCAAGAGAUCGGAGGGAUUAAAGAAGCAAGCAAGAAGUAACGUGUGAUCACUUCGGUGACCAUACAUGACCACUAUACUAGGUGAGGUGAAAUAAUCCCUCUUAUAAUUUUGCUUCAGGCUUCCCAGCCAUCAUAGUUUCCAUUUCCUUGGCUGUCACUCAAGCAAAUGGUUACGGCAGCAAGGCAACCUGCUGGCUUGAUGUUAAGAGUGGAUUGAUUUGGACGUUUAUUGGGCCGACUUUGGUCGUUAUUUUGGUUAGUAUAAAAGAUAUUAUCUAUGGUGUACUACAAUAACAAUGUUAUUAAUCACUAAUCAAGUGACUUUAUACUAGUAAUUAAUGAUUCAGAAUUUCAUAUAUUGUUGCAUUUCCAAAUGUACCACCUAUAUGAGGCUUUAAUUACAUACAUUUUCUUUUUACGAAAAAAAAAAAAGAUGUUUAAAGAGACCAAACUAAUCAAACCGCCUUCUGUUUUGUUUGACAGAUAAAUUGUGUUGUUUUAUACCUGGUUAUGCGUAAGAUAAUGAAACCGGUGAAGGGAAAAGUAGAGGAGAAAACGCAGAUCACAAAAUUAAAGGCUGGAGUAAGAGUCUCCAUGGCCAUUCUUCCUUUGGUCGGAAUCACCUGGGUGUUUGGAAUUCUUAGCUUUAGUUCUUAUACCAUCGCGUUCAAGUACAUAUUCGCCAUCUUCAAUUCUCUUCAGGGGCUGAUGAUCUUUAUUUUUCAUUGUGCCCUUAACGGCAAGGUAGGUACUAAUCUUAAAGUGCCAUGUUAUUACGAUUAAUAAUAUACACGAAAAUAUUACUCAAUUCUGAUUGGCUGAGAAAGGAGUGCAGUUCUUCUGUAACACGAGCAAAAAACUUGUAACACGAGUGCAAAUUGCAAAUAUGGUUUCUGAUUGGCUGAAAACACAAAAUAAACCACCAAGAACCAAUCAGAUUAGAGCUGUUUUCACGACAAACAAGCUACUUAUAACAGACUACGCUAAAGUAAAAAAAUAAAGAACAACGGUUGCAACAACACGCAAACCAUGACAGCUACACUUUUCAGCAGUUUAAAUGAACAAGGAUACAAGUUUUCCAUGAUAUACAACAGGGAUUUCAAGUCACGUACGUUAUUUGUUGGGGGAGAAAGGUGUCCGGUUGCUCUCUUUGAGUCUUUUGUGGAGCGAAGACCUCUAUUAAAACAUCCAUGCGAUGGUCUGUUUUUUUCUACCUCAGCAGCAAAAGAAACCAAAAAUUCAAACAUCUGGUCCAAACUAAACCAAAGGGCGAAAAUACCAUAAGUAACGUAAUGAAAGUAUCCGUAGCUGGUACUAGCUUUAAAGCAAAGAUUGUAAGUUCAGAACAUAUCACCAAUGUCACAGGCCACGGAGGUACAAAUUUCCUUAACGACCACGAUGAAGCCGACGAAGAAGAGCUACGAUGACUCUUGCAGUAGACUAAGUGAGAUAAUGAAGACCCUAGCACUGAGAAAAAGCAAAUAUUACAUUUAAACACUGGCAGUUUCCGACAUCACAACAAUUGUGGCUCCACUCACCCAUCGAUGGCAGCGUGGGAAGAAAACAAAUUGCCUCCUUCAUUUUUGGGUUAUAAAUCUCAGAAAUUUAUCCAUGAAUCCAGCUAUGAUGGGGUCUCAGGAACAGACAAUGAUAAACAGUCGUCAAAAAACCUUAGCAAGUGUCUUCCAUCUUUGGCUCCUCGAAGCGUUCUCUUAAUUUUAGAACUUGUAAACGCUUCUUGUAAACGUCGAGCUCUCAUAAUGGAGGAUGAAUUGAAAAACACCUACUUUUACUGAUUAUUGUAAACCGAGUUAUCUUUAACAGGCUGGUGACCAUAUAAAAUCAAUCCUUGCGUUGGUCUGGAAAAAGUUUGAAUUUGAUAAAGGUAACAGUCUGUUUCAGCCAAUCAGUUGAAUGAACUAAAAACGCGCGCGCUGUCAAAAUUUGUUGCUGUAGUUAUGUUUUUCGUGUAUAUUAUUAUCACGAUUUUUCUCGUGCAAUUUGGAAUAAAAAAGCACUUGUAAAUUUUUCAUAGACCACAAAGUGCUGCUUGUUGGUCUUUGAAAAAUUUCCUCGUGCUUAUUUAUUCCAAAUUGCACUCGAAAUCAUGUGAUUACCUAUACAUAUAGCUAAAAGGACGUGUUACACUAAGCUGAUGGACUUGAAAGUUGUCUUCGGCUUUUAGAGUCAAUAUCUUACGUAAUAAGGGUUGUAAAACAUCAAGUCACCGCCUGUGAGCUCUCUGUCAAAGGCCUAGGCCAAACGUGGAACCUUUUCAUUUGACGAUCCAAACUUAGUGAGUUAAUCCUAUUCAGACCGGGAAGGCUUUUGGAGCCCCCCUCGAGAAAAAGUUGAAUAACUUCAAAACCGUUCAAGCUGUGAAUUAUCUGGGAAUAUAUUGAGGUCAUCAUGACCACCUGGUGACGUAUUCGUCAAAACAUUGACGUUACCAAAUAGCAACCAAGUUUUGAUAGCCAUGUUUUUCAAAAUUUGCAUUUUUUUUCUUGAAAAUAGAAUUAAUUCUAUUUUGACCAAUGGAAUUAUUACACUUAAAUUCACAUAAUUUCAUCCAAUUUAUCGUCACUGUUGAUGAAAUCCAGGCUUUUUAGUUACUGGUAUGAGAAAAAAAAAAAAAAAAAAAAAAAAAAAAAAAAACGAGUUAAUAUGAUCAUAUGCAGAUCCUGAGUUUACUUCUUCAUUUUCCAUCCAAAUUAGAGUUUGAUUCGUUUCAUGAAAAGUAUAUUGCUAUCGACCAAGUAUUUUUGCAUUCCAAUACAAUGUAGCUAUCUAAUUGUUUAAUCACUUUCUCCGCACAUUCUACACAUUGCAGACACAUUUGUUAUUGUUAUUGUUACUGAUUUUUUUUUUUUUUUCCAGAUGAAACAAGCUAUCAAAAAAAGGAUGAUGUAUCGGUUCAAGCGAGGCAAAUUAAAUCACAGCUUGAAAGUAAAAGAGAAAGGUGGACCUCUUUUGACCAAUUGUACGUCUGUAUAAAAUCUUGCUUCAAUCAUUUAAGGGUUAUUAUAGGCUGACUUGUUUGUUAUUAUUUUAACCAUUAAAAGACUUAUACUGUGUUUCACGGGGAGGGGUUGGGGCGGUGGCGGGGGCGGGGGCGGGGGCGGGGGCGGGGGCGGGGGCGAUUAGAAGAGCCCGUUCCUCGGGUUUUGGCUAUGCCAUGGCGUUGAAAUUGUCUGUAGUAACUGGUAAGGAGUCUACGAUCUAGGAAAGCCAUGGUAUUUUACUCUGCUUGCAGACCUUCUGCGUCUCUUAUAUCCUUUUAUGAAACGUAAAACGGUAAAACGUCGCUUAUCUACGUGAAGACAAAGAAGUCUGCACGCAGGCCUAAAAAAAGGGAAUUUAGAUGAACGCAGAUCGAUCUAACGCAGAUCUACAAGUUAUUUUAAUAUGGUAAUAAAACAUUUUUUUUCUUUACCAACCCAUCGUAUAUGAAGACUACCCGCAGUCCCUCAAAAACAUCAUUGUUUCCAGACUGGCGUCCUCACGACGAAGUGAAAUGAAAUAAACAAGCGCCCAGUCCUUGGCGAUUUCUACCCAUGGGCGAGUGACUGUUAUCGAGAAAAUCAGUUCACCGCUAUGAUGGCAGACAUAAAACGGAAGCUUCACAAAACAAACAACUUAUUUAAAAAUGGGUGACUCAAGUGGAAACUCAAGUGUCUGACUAUGUAUGGGAGUUCAGAGAUUUCUAAUAUUUUGUCGCAUGAUCUGCUUCAAACGUACUUUUUACCGUUUUAUUUUUUAUACAUCUAUAAUUGUUUUCGAUUUUUUUUAAAUUGUAACACAACAUAUUUCUUUCAUUGCAGUUACAAGAAAACGAUCAAAAUGUAAUGAACAUGAAUGUGAAGUGCUACCUAUCAGAAGAGACAACGUUGAGUUAAAUACUUUAAAAGAUCGAGAAGACGAAUCGCUCAAAACCGAAGAUGAAUCCCUAAGAAGAAGUUUGUUGUCAAACUCAAAUGAAUAGACUGUUUUUUGAGCCUCUCCGUUAUGCGAUAGAAUUGCGUAUGAAAAUAUUUUGCAGUUCUGUGCGAUUUUUUGGCAGAAAGUUUGGUAACGCAUACUGUAGUCAAAAAUACGUUAAGUUAAUAUUUUGCCGCAUUUGUACAUUUUUUGCAAUAUUAUUGCUGUCGUUUUGACCUAGGCAGUUUAAUGGGGGUGAAACUAGAUAGCAGAUAACAGGAGUAAUCAGCAGCUGUUCCAGUUAAACAAUCAAGCAUAAAAAAUGCUAACUUAAGCUAUGCAAUGGACGAAAAAAAAAAACGAAAUAAAUAAACAGCGUG